GCAGACGACAACACGAACAUUGAGAGUUUUCACGUCGUUGAUACGGGACGCCGGCCGUACGGAAGAGAAUCAGUGCGGUCGACCGAAACCAGAACUUUGCUGAAAAUACAGUGGAUUUUGUCUCCGAAAAAAGACAGAGCAGCGUGCUGUGAUAGCUGUCGAUCAAAUCAGACUAAGAACACACAAUUAAGUGCUAAAAAUAUGAUUUGACCAGAAGUUUGCGUGUGGAAUACAGUUUGUACGAGUGGUACUCCGUUGACUGAUAAAACUUCUCUCUUAGUCUAACGUUAUUAUAACUGUAUCGGCAGACCGCGACGUCAAAAUGCCUGUUGGUCACUCUCGCCGGAUAACGCCGCACGAGACGGUCAAUGUGACCAUCCAGGAACAGUUCACAUUUGAUUGGAAGGAGAACUUUGGUGAACUGGAGGUUCCCGAGAUGCACUUCCUUAAAAUAGAAACCCCUCAGAGUGCCACGAAGAGCCCUGAUGAAUCCACUGCUGCCGGCUUCAGCGAAGUGGACACUGAGAUCCUGGCCAAUCUGGAGGAAGACCUGAGGGAGAACGCGUCACGCAUCCACAAGCUCCGACAUGAACUCAAGCUGGAGAAGUUCUGCCAGGAGUGGCUGAAGAAGGAGAUCAACCGCUACCACCGGGCCAGCGAGGGCCUGGAUGCCCGGUCCACAGGCUCGGAGGAGUCAGAGAUGGGUCUGGACACAGAUGACGACACCGAUGUGGUGAUGGACAAGGGGAGCCUAGACACUCCACGGGGCUCAAUGGAGAUGGAGACUGAUGAAACGGACGAGGGGGAUGAGGCAAGAUGCCCCGGGGGUGACGAGGACAGGAGGGAAGAGGCGAUGCACAAGCCGCUGUAUGACAACAGACCCACCCUGGCCGCCCUCCAUGAUGACAGCUCCGAUGAGGACAUUGAGGGCAUCUACGAGAACCUGGACUUCCUGCGGAAGAUGCACAAUGGCAACGUGUCCAACGAGGACUCGGAAGGGGAGGACGUCUUUGCCCGUAGUCCUGACCCGGACCGUCCGCUCACCACCAGCAUGAGGGUGAGCACGCUGAUCGACUUCAACAAACCAACAGUGGUGGACGGGCACCAGCAUCUACCCCCAAGACCACUGAAACGAACCCCAGCCCGACCUGCCCCUGUCCCUCCCCGACGAAAUGACAUGCCAACUUCCAGUGACAAAAGUGAUGACACACGAAACACAGCUAGCGACUCAAACGCAUCCAGUGCCUCGCUCUCCCCUAACAAAGGAGGUAGGCCAGCGUCAUCCCCCGGCAUUAAUGACCAUCCCACUAUCUCCUUGCAACGCCCAGCAGGUAUCGUGGUCACGCCCGCUGGUAGCUCAAGCCCAGAGCCAGAAUCACCCACCAAAGAACAGCUUGCACACAGACUGUCAUCUCCAGAAGUGGAAAUCUUGAAUGUGAGGCGGAUUCUGCUUUGUGGAACGUUGGAAAGUGAACUGAAAUACGUCCACACAAUGGAGGAACUCCAGAAGAUGAUGAAGACCUUCAAAGCCAACAUGACCACCUCCAAGCCCAUCUUAUCCGCCGAGGAUUACGAUACCCUGUUCUUCAAGAUCCCCGAACUCUGCGAGGUGCACCGGGAGUUCUGCAACCACAUGGAACCCAAGCUGGCGCAAUGGACCCCCGAGCAGACCUACGGAGACUCCUUCAAACUUCUGGCCAGCCAUUUUGGGGUGCAUGAAGAGUACAUAGCCAACUACAAGAAGGCCAUGAGCUGCCUGGAGAGGUUGAAGAAGGAGGACGAACGCUUUGCCGCCAUCUCAGCCAGCAUCAAGCUGCAUUCUGGCGACACCUACACCAUGGAAUCAAUGUUGAAUACACCACUGCAAAGAAUAACAAAGCUGACAAUGCUCCUGAGUGAUUUGCUGAUUCGCACUCCCCCAGCCCACGAGGACUAUUCCAUUCUUGCUCAGGUGUUGGAGAAAACCCGGACAUUCUUCAAGCAAAUUGAUGACGCCACUAGAGAAACAGACACUUCAAAGCAGAAGAGGCGGCUGAUCAAAGAGAGCUACUUGGUGGAGUUCAGUGAGGAACGGAAGCUGAGGCACGUGCUGCUGUGGUCGGACCUCAUCAUCUGCGCCAAGGAGAAGCCCGUCAGUGGCAUGUUCCACCGCGAAAAGGCCCAGUAUGACUGUCAGUGGUACAUGCCGUUGACUGAGCUGUCGCUAACACCCAACGAGAGAUCGGAAGUCCCGGGCAAAAUUACCAACAUGAGUGACCAAGAGCUGGAUGAGCUCAAGAAAGCAAUCACCGAUCUGAAGGCCUCCAUCCGCAAAGAGACCAACUCAGGAGUGCCCUCAAGUCCCGGUGGGUCAUUCCGUCUUCAGACCAGCGGCAGGAGACAGAGCAAGCAGCUGACCAAGACAUUGGAAGCCAAGAAGAAAGAGCUGACCACAAAUGAGGGCAAGGUCAUCAUAGAGUCACCCAAGCUACCUCUGCAUCUCUACCAUCACCAGGGGAAGACAUACACCUUGUUGAUGUCCUCGGACUAUGAGCGUUCAGAGUGGAAGGAGGCCAUCUUGACAGCCAAGCGAGAAUGCCGAGUCACUCCGUCACUCACUCCCUACCACAUUGAGAAGCUACUCACCAAAUGCAAGAGGGGCCGAAAGAUCAACAACAUUGGAUCUAUCCUAAUCAAGGAUGAGGAAGAAUUGCUGUUUGGGACGCUGCACGUGACCGUUUUACAAGCAAUGGGACUCAAAGUGCCUGCUCAGUUGUACUGCUGUGUGGAGGUGGAUUCCUAUGGCAUCAUCUCCCUGCGAGCCCGGACCCGGAAGUCGGAGAACUCCAAGACGCCCACCUGGAAUCAGGAGUUUGGCCUGGAGGUGGAGGGGACGCAGACGCUGCGCAUACUGUGCUACGACUACACCAAGGGGCUGGAGGACGAGAUGAUCGACAAGGGAGCCAAGACGCUGUCAAAAUCAGAGAUUGGCAAGAAGGAAUUUAACACUACCAUCAAAAUGGAGAAGCUGGAAAUCGCCGUAACACUGAGGUUUGAGUCAACAGAGAAGGUCUUGAAGCGGGUUCAGUCCAAGAAGAAGAUGGGGGUGUUUGGGGUGCGGAUCUGCACCCUGUGCAAAAGAGAGGGAACCAAUAUUCCUAACAUUGUCCGGCUCUGCGUGGAAGAGGUGGAAAAAAGAGGCAUGCUGGAGAUGGGUAUCUAUCGGAUCUCAGGCUCAUCAGCUGACAUACAGAAGCUCAAGAAACUGUUUGAAAUUAACAGCAAGCACACCCAAGUCAAGGUGCAGCAAGCCGAGAUCCACGCCGUGGCAGGGCUCAUCAAGCAUUACUUUAGGGAGCUACCGGAGCCUCUCUUCACCCAGGCUCUCUACUCCAAGUUCGUGGAUGGCAUGGCUUUGGCAGACCCUGACUCUAAGCGAGAACUGAUGGUCUCAGUUAUGAAGUCCAUUCCAGAGCCCAACAAGAGCGUCAUCUUCUGCCUUAUUAACCAUCUCAGGAGGAUUGCCCAAAACGACGCCACCAACAAGAUGCACCUACACAACCUGGCCACAGUCUUUGGCCCCACCCUGAUCGGCCCUGCCCCCAAGAGGGUAGACGCUGGGAGCGCCUCCCCUUCUCCGGGCUUUGGGAUUUCCGAUGCCAUGACCCAGGUCGGAAUCCUGUACUACUACCUGGAGCACUACAGUCACGGGAAUAUGUGAAGAAAGGAAAAGAAAAGACCUCCCGUUUGUACAUAGCUCCACAAAUGGCAUCUCAGAAUGUUAUCCACCAAGAUGAGUACUAGUGUACGCAGUUUGAAUAUAAAGCUGUUGUAGGGGCAAAACAACAUUGAAAGGAACAAAGUGUGUACAGAAACUAUCGGUCCUUGUAGUUAAAUCAAGAACAUUCCAGGUUAGAAAUGUGGAUCAUUCCAAGGGGGAACUUCGGAUCAAUUCUCCAUGAUGUCAUUAGCUUUAAGGUGUGACAGCUGGGGGGACAGGGUUAUCACAAAAUGCUAGCAUUCCACACCGUAGCACAAGUGUUUUAUGAAUCCAUACCUGAGGAAUGCCUUGCUAGUCAUGCCUAACUUUGGAACAUGCCUUCAAAUAUAAGACACAAUCUAGACGGAAAGAACUGGUCAGGAGCACCAUUAUAUUUCAGCAUUUAAACCACAAAUUCCAUUUUACCUCAAAUUUGAGUUGUAGAAGAAAGUUGAAGAAAUAAUAUAUGGGUAAAUGCUUUCACUUUGGUUGUGAAGAAGAUAACACCAAAAUAGAGAGCUAAAUAUAAUAUGAUAAUCCAUAUUAUUUACUUUUAUUUAAAAGAAUACAUCUCAUAAAUCCUAAAAAUGCUAUUCUUCAUAGAUAGUUUGUUCUGUACAUGUCUUGUAUAGCUCUCGUUUAUUAAGACACUUGUUUUUAACACAGACAUAUUUCCGUGGCAAGAAUGUAAAAAAAUGGUGUCAGCAUUUUCUGCUGAUUCUGUGCACGCUGUAGAGGGAUAGUGUAGAGUGUACUGGUUUAAUAUCUGCUAGCAGAAAUGUACACAAGUGAAUGCUGUUACCUUUCCUGUUUAGUGUAUUUGUAACCCCAGAGGAAAUAUGACUGAUCACUCUGGUGCCUUGUGAAUGUCUGGUAGAAUUCUACAAGACGAUAAGUGGGCCAGACUCGUUAACGCUGUCAAUCAAGAAACAGUGGAAAGUCUAGAAAGGAAAUGCCCUUUUUGAUGAAUUUAAUGAGUGCCCUAUAAUGUACAGUACACGGGCGUAUUAGUGACAGGCAGUGUCUUGUAAAUGUAGUAGGGAAAUCACGUUAUGCAGAAAUUGAUGGAUAAUUUAUAUUUUUGUUGAAAGUUUGUAAUCAUUACGGAAAAAUUAAUUUUGAAUGAUGAAAUUCUUAUACUUGGUAUGUUAUCUAAUCAUUGAGGUAAUGUGAUGUACUCUGAAAGCAUUGAACUAAUUAUGUUAAAAGAAAAGCUGUCUCGUUCAGUACUAUAAAUAUAGUAUCUGUACUUGAACCCUCCGGGAAUGUAGGAAUUAAUUUAUUUAAACACUUCUUUUAAAUCAAGUACACAGAAAGGAUAUUAUGGAUGUAUAUAUUAUGCCGUGGGAGUCGAGUUUCAUCUCUUCGUACAGUGCCUACAUCUGAAGUACUCUUUCCUACGGUAAGCAAAUCUAUUUUUGAUUUUUCUAUUUUUCUGGCUUCAUAAAGUUUAUUAUGUCCAGAUCUACUCCAGAUCUUAGAAAAUAGUUUACCCUUUUUUGAGUUUUUGAAUAGCCCGAUUGUAUUGGAAUUACAACAGAAUAUGGCCGGGACCAUUCAGUAAAAUAGGUGUUCCAUAUCAACUUAAAUAAUGAGAGACUUCCAGUACGCAGAAAAUUAAGUGCCCAAGUGGCGCUGUAUAUUACUGAAAUUUUUAGUUUUAUGCUUUGUUGAUGAUUGCUUAUAAAGUUAGCAUGUAAGUAAGUGCAAGCCGUCUGCUACUACUUAAAAAGCUCCGAAACUCACAAUUUGUCAACAUGAGACAGACCACGCAAUAUGCAUCCAAAGAGUUUAUUUCUUUAGAAUUGUCCUCUUUUUCAUCAUUUUUAGUGUUGCUCUGGGUCAGGGGUUUACCCGAUUUCUUUAUGUUUUGUGUGUAUUUUCCAAAAAGACAUCACAACAGAGAUGGAACUGCUAACUUCGAUUUUAUGGCAUGUGAUAUUUCUGUAGAAUUAUUUAAAGCAAAACAGUAACAGCAAUAAUAUAAAGAAACUAUUAGUAUAUUCAUAUAGCUAACAAUUGAUAUCAGCAUUCGCGUUAAUUUAUGUAUGCAAAUAUCUGGUGGGGGGGUGGAGUAGUCGUUCACUUGUGGCCCAACCACUUGUCCUUGUACGGAUUUGAGUGGGAGACAAUAUUUGUAAAUAGAAAGCAGUGCAUCAUUUUGGAGGAUGUUGCUUCUCUCAGUCACCAAGAAUAUAACUACGAAGAUGGCACUGUAAAACUGUGCAGCGCCUGAAUCAUAAAUUUGAUUUUUCGACCUCUUAUUUCAACAGAUAAUCACCUAUUUGCAUAAUGCAUACACUGCUACUCAGAAGGCAUAUCGUCUUAUAUUGGUAUCUUAGCCGUGAAGAUAGUAAAUACCACAGUUAUGGACUAGUGUCAUAAUUUUGAGGUAUGAGGUGGACUAAGCCUAUUAAAGACAAGUUGUCAUA